GUGAGGGCUUAGCUUAUUUUCCAGAGUUGUUAGAGAUACAGAGAUACUGAUAGAGAACUGAAGGAGUUGGACAACCUCCAAUCCAGGAAAGGAGAUCUGUGUCCAGUGGCCGAGUUGGUGUAGAUAGCAGGUGCUCCCAGUGGACUGAACAGACAUGAUGCAGAGGAAGCUGGCGCUGCUGGUUGGCAUCACCACGUUUACCCUCCUCCUGGUGCUGAGGUGGGAGCACGUGAUACGCCUGGUGAGCCUGAUGAGAAGCGAAAUACCCUCAGCUGAGUCUGAACCGCAGACAGACCAGCCAUCAGCAGAGCCUACACUGCCACCAUGGCAACGGGCACCCACGGAGACCAUCACCCCCAUCCCAGGCUCCAGACACUUCAUGGUGUCUGCCUUUAAGGACCACAGACGGGGCGGAGUCAUCCGGGUCAUCAGCAUCAUCUGCAGACAGGAGCUGCAGCCGCUCUACUGCGUCCUGUGUGCCAAUGAUGAUGCUAACACUGAUGCUAACGCUAAUGCUAGUCCAAAUGCUAAGGCUAAUGGUCGGUGUAUGACUUCACAGGCAAAAGUCGAUAUUCACAGCGACCACUUUGGCUUUCCUUUUCACACUUCAGACGUGUUUUGCACUACUACCACAUCACAGCAAGCCUUAUAUGAGCAAGCCUCUUAUGUCAGCAUAACAUCUGACAAAAACACCACUGACAAUAUGACUUUUUUAACAAUCCAAAACCAUGAGAUCAAAGAAUCUUUUAAGUACAAAUUUACUAUAUGCAUAUCUAACCUUUUUGGGGGUUACAAUAAUGCCCUCCAGUUUGCACAGACCAUGGAGGUGUACAAGCUGAUUGGGGUUCAGAGGGUUGUCAUCUACAACACCAGCUGUGGGCCGGAUGUUGAGAAAGUCCUCAGGUAUUACAGUAGAGAGGGUAUGCUGGAAGUUGUGCCUUGGCCAAUAGACAAGUUCCUAACGCCCUCUACUGGGUGGAGGUAUGACUUGCACCACGGUGACAUUCAUUAUUAUGGACAGCUGGCCACUCUGAAUGAAUGUAUAUACAGAUAUAUGUACCAGUCAAAGUACCUCCUGCUGAAUGACAUUGAUGAGAUCAUUAUGCCUUACAAACAUGGUAAACUGGAGAAGCUAAUGGACACAUUGCAGCAGCAACACCCCAAUGCAGGGGUCUUCAGGAUUGAGAAUCACAUCUUCCCCAAAACGCAGUUUGAAGACACUGGGCGAUUUCGUCUGCCUCAGUGGAGGCGUGUGCCUGGUGUGAACAUCCUGGAGCACAUCUACCGAGAGCCAGACAGGAAGAACGUGUUCAACCCCACCAAGCUGCUGAUUGACCCCCGGAGAGUGGAGCGGACUUCGGUCCACUCCACACUGAACCAGUUUGGACCCGUUGUCAUUGUCCCAUUCGAUGUUUGCCGCAUAAUCCAUGUCAGGGCCCCUCUGCAAGGACACCUGGCCAAAGACCAGUUGCUUGUGGACAAGAAACUCUGGGAGUUUGAGAAGCGUUUAAUUCCCAGCAUUGAUAACGCACUGAAUCAGUCAGGUCUGUGAGUCAAUGAUGUCCCCAGCUGUGGCAUCACCACUGUUUAGUAAAUAGAAUCACCUUUGUAUCUUUGGUACGCUCAUUGUAAGAAAACAAAAAUCAAGCCGACAUCUGACUAAAAUGUGCUCUAGUUUUACAAACGUAUGGGCUGGUGGGCACUGGCUGAUGGCUCUGGACUGACAGGCCAGACAAGGUCCAUCGCAGCCCAGGACAAACAUGCAUGAGUAGGCUACACCUCAAAGUCAAGGUCCUUCCCAGUCUGGUCCCUUAGAGACGAGCCACGGCUCCUUCCUCGCAGUCGGACAACACAUACACUGGAACAGACUAGUGACCCCAUUUUGAUGUCACAAAACAUUGGUGACCCCAAUCAUUCACAUGUUGCCAGAGACAGCGCAACUCACCUCUGCUAACAUCCAGACAAAAGCAGUACUUUGAUUUUCUCCAAAUGUCGUUUCUCGCCUGGUUGUCUCGAACAUUGAUCAAGUAUAAUUCCAUCAAUCAAACUUGCCAGGCGGGCUGUCUAACUUUAUUUUCACUUAGCUAGAUUGUAAUGAAGGAUCGGUCACUAUAACUUGGAUAUCAUAUGGUUUUUAAUAUGUUUCACUACUGUUUAUUUUUAUGUAAUGCACUGGUCAAUUGUAAGAGACCCAGUAUCUCAGCUGACCCCAUUUGAACUUCAGGUGACCCCACAUGGGGUCCCGAACAAAGAUAUUAGAAAGCUAUACACCUCAUUGUCCGUCGAGUUCUAUUAGGUGGCAUACGUGAAAACAGUCACCAUAUUGCUGGCGGCAAACACCUUACUGUCUAUGGGCAACACUUUCCUGCAAUCAGAGACACCUGUCUGAUUUCCAACACGAGACAGCUGUUUCUCCAUUGGCCACCAGUGAUUGUUUCCCCCACCAUGAUGGCGGCGUUAUUUGUUCUGCAGCACAAUGCAGUAUUUACCUUUCUAAUAUCUAUGGUCUCGACCCCAGGAGGACAUGUUAUUAUAUGUUCUGUAGCACAAUGCGGUAUUUAGCCUUCUAAUAUCUAUGGUCUCGACCCCAGGAGGACAUGUUAUUAUAUGUUCUGUAGCACAAUGCGGUAUUUAGCCUUCUAAUAUCUAUGGUCCCGACCCCAGGAGGACAUGUUAGUGAACAUGAACAUGAUAAAUGAUGAAAUAAAUUAUUAUGAUGUUGUUUUUUAA